UCUCAACACUACGGAGAUUUCAUUUCGUUUAAGGCUGGGUAGAACUGAAAGCAAGCCAGACGCCAGAGCAAAGGGUAUGAUGGCUAAGAAGCCCCCGAAACCCGCCCCUCGUAGGAUCUUCCAGGAAAGACUAAAGAUCACUGCUCUACCCCUGUACUUUGAAGGAUUUUUAUUAGUCAAACGGUCUGACUACCAGGAAUACAAACAUUAUUGGACGGAGCUGAGAGGAACCACACUGUUCUUUUACACUGACAAAAAAAGUACAAGUUAUGUUGGCAAGUUAGACGUAAUAGAUCUCGUGUGCCUUACUGGCCAACAUUCAACCGAAAAGAAUUGUGCAAAAUUCACUCUUGUUUUGCCCAGAGAAGAAGUACAUCUGAAGACAGAAAACACAGAGAGUGGGGAAGAGUGGAGAGGCUUCAUUCUUACAGUAACAGAGUUGUCAGUUCCUCAACACGUGUCACUUCUACCUGGACAAGUGAUUAGACUGCACGAAGUCUUAGAGAGAGAAAAGAAAAGAAGGACUGAGACAGACCAGCUGCCAGUUGUGCCUGCGGAGAAAGAGAAGGAGCCUGUACAAGACUAUGCAGAUGUACUGAACCCUCUGCCUGAAUGUUUUUAUGCAGUUUCCCGGAAAGAAGCAACUGAGAUGCUGGAAAAGAACCCUUGUUGGGGAAAUAUGAUCCUGAGGCCUGGUAGUGACAGCAAAAACUACUCCAUCACUAUACGGCAGGACAUAGACUUCCCAUGGAGUGAUGAGAUGAUGCGACGACUGUUCCAAACAAUCGGCCCAUUACAUGAUACCCUUCGUGUGCCUUGUCCAGAGUGCUACAGACAUUUCCUACAGGCGCCAAAGGAUAACCUAGACCUAUAGUAUCUUCCAUGCUUUACAAAUUAGACUUGCAGAAAACAAUGAAUAUUAUCUACAUAUGUAGAUAAAAUAGUUAUAAUUUAGUGAGUGCUUAAAUAAGUCAAGGUCUUUACUAAUGGCUUUUGCAAAUAUUAACACCUCCACUAUGUAGACUGAAAACACAUAUGCACACACUCAUUCACUCUCACUCACACUCACACACACAGUGGAGGGGAGGUUUAGAGAGCAUAUAUGAUAAAAAAAGAAUUUAAGCCAACUGUCCUAUCAGUCUUCCAAAGGGUAGCAGUCAUUUACUGUCAGGAUACAGGAAUUCUAAUGAAAACUGAAGAGUUUUCAAUAGUAACUGUGUGAUUUUAAAGAUGUUUCCCUGAUUGCGGUGAAGGUAAGAUGAGAGCCAACCAUCUUGAACAGGCGCAUUUGAGACAUCCCCCGUGUAAAGAUUCUCUCCCUGCCAAUCGGUAACUGAUUCAUGACUUUUUCUCGUUAGGGACUACUUCUUACGAAAGGAGCAGGCUGGCUAAGAGUUAUCCCGUGUAUUGAAAGUAGGUCAUGGAGAUUAAAGAUUGACUUUCCUAUGUGGUACGCAACUGAGAGGAGAUUUGGACAUGGUGGUAGAUGAAAAGCACCCCUGAAUAGGACACUGUUGUACACUUUGAGCCUGUGGGAAUAUAAACAGGAAACGGCGACGUUGCGAUUCUAAACAGAAGGCGAAAAGGCCCCAUAGACGAGUUAAACUGGAUGAAUAAUUCCUCUUAGCUCCUGAACAUAAGGCAAAUAUUGAAUCAGUUUGCUACUCAGAUAAAUGACACCAUAAUACAUGCUAUUAACUUCUCACCAUUAGAAAAAGUUUACGUUAAACACAAUUGCCGCAUGAACCAAAUGAGUUCAAGACAAACACGCUACUAUUCCAAACUAAGUACCAUGGACACUGACUUCUGCUGGCAUGGGAGAGUCGUAGCUUACAGCAGAUAGCAUUUUGAGAUGAGCUCCUCAUAUUGUUCAGUUGGCUUUAUAAAGUCUGUGUUUAUAAUGUUGAAAUACAGUGACAAAUACAAUGUGAUUUUUGUUGUUGUUCUGAA